UUUAUAGAAACGUGUUAAGUUCUUUUAGCUUUGUUUACAGGUUUUUACAGUUUUAUAGAAACGUAUUAAGUUCUUUUUUUCUUAAUAUAUUGAUGGAAUUUCAGGUGACGGAUCUCCAGUAGACCGACAGCUUGAAGGUUUCCACAUGAAGCCUGUGAAGAAGGAAGAACCUGAAGAUGAACUCGAACUGAACAAGGAUUUCUCCUGCGCCUCGUGUCCACGUUCCUCUACAACCCAAAAUCACCUCCACAAUCACAUCAAGAGCUGCAACCAUGAUAAAUAUGAUGAUGCGCUGGUGAAGAUUAAGACUGAACAUGAGGAUCUGAUGCCCACCAGAAGCUCCAGUAAUCAGCAAACGUCCUCUGGUACUGUCAGCAUUAACACGUCUCUCAGUCCCACACAGGAAGAAGGAAACGUCUGCUCACAGUGUGGGAAGAGCUUCAGGUACCUGAGUGAUCUCAAAAUACACCAGCGCAUUCACACUGGAGAGAAACCAUAUGACUGCUCACAGUGUGGAAAGAGCUUUAGUACCCGGGGUGCUCUCAAAAUACACCAGCGCAUUCACUCUGAAGAGAAACUGUAUUACUGCUCACAGUGUGGGAAGAGUUUUACAACACAGGAUCAUCUGAAUGUACACCAGCGCAUUCACACUGGAGAAAAACCUUAUUCCUGCUCACAGUGUGGAAAGAGUUUUAAUCAACAGGGUCAUAUGACAUUACACCAGCGUGUUCACACUGGAGAAAAACCAUAUCAGUGCUUGCAGUGUGAGAAGAGUUUUAAUCAAAUGAUCAAUCUUAAAAUACACCAGCGCAUUCACACUGGAGAGAGACCGUAUCAGUGCUCACAGUGUGAGAAGAGUUUUAAAGCAGGAAGUAACCUUAAAAGACACCAGCGCAUUCACACUGGAGCAAAACCGUAUCAGUGCUUAGAGUGCGAGAAGGGUUUUAAUCGACUGAGCCCUCUCAGAAGACACCAGCGCAUUCACAAUGGAGAGAAAGCGUAUCAGUGAGGAAAGAGUUUUACUGUACAGAGAACUGGACAAAUGAAAGGAAGUGUGUUUGUGCUCAGCAGCUCUGUAAUCGUGCUGUAAGCAAACUGCUGCUCCGGUAUCAUGUGCUCCGGGUUUUAGUUGAUGGUUUCUGAAUGAAAUUGUGGGUCAGAUGUGUGGAGAAAGAGGCCUAGAAGAAAAGCUUCUGCUCUCAUGGACUGUCGGGCGUGGUCAGUCUCUAUUAUUGGAGAUUGUAGCUGGUAGGACAGAUGGAGUAAUCUAGUGGAUCUAAAUCCAGGGUGGUGGUGACAUCUGGAGAUCUCAGGAGAACAUUGUAAUGAGGAGAGGUGUGAGUCCUACACAGAAGAUCGCUCAGUAGUUAGAGCAGCUGGUUCCAUUGCUUUAAAGUGGAACCUUUAGCAUGUAAAGUGUAAUAAUGAAGAAUCCUGAUCAACAAAGAUCCACCCACCAUAAAUGUUCUGGACCUCGAGGAACUGAACUUUUUAAUCGCUUUUAAUAAGAUCAAACUAUUUUCUUUUAAAUAUGUCAGAUAUUUUGUGGUUCCUGAUGUUUUAGUUCAUGAUGAGUUAACAUGAUUGUGAUGAUCAGUAAUAAAA